ACCACAUCACGUCGACAACGAGGUCCAUCACGAUACUUCAUUCGCUGUGACAGAUUUGGUGCAUUCUACAAUAACCGUUUUAUCAAGCUGCCCAAAGCGGUUCCACCUGCGCUGUUAUUCGCUCCUGUCGAACUUCCGACCCUUGUGCGACGAAACUGCCCGUGCCUGGACGUGGUGUUUUGCGCCUCAACUGUCGCAACGUACUCUUCGAUCAGGUCGCUGCCAAACACGUCAUUCCCGCUUGCCACCUACCAUGCAACUACAGCUGGAUAUCUCUUUACGGAAGAAUACACGAAUGUCCUAAGCGCUCUCGCCAUUAUUGGAUCAACUCUACCCCAAAGACUUUGGCUCGGACAUGAGCCUGACGUCGCUUCUAUCAUGGCCGCCUACAAGAUGCAGUUAGAAGAUUGGCUGGAUGACCUGUGCGUCCGUUUCAUCAUCAACCUCCCCGAGGAGGACCUCUCCUCCGUAGCACGGAUAUGCUUUCAAAUCGAGGAAGCUCAAUGGUUUUACGAGGACUUCGUCCGUCCGCUCGACCCAACCCUACCUUCCAUGACCCUCCGAAACUUCAGUCUGAGAAUCUUCCAACACUGCCCUCUCCUUGCGCCAUUCUCGGUAGAGAACCACACUCGCGCAUUUGAAGAGUUUUUACAGUAUAAAACACGAGUGCCCGUACGCGGAGCAAUUCUUCUCAAUGAGGACAUGGACUCUACUGUUCUUGUCAAAGGUUGGAAGAAGGGCGCCAAUUGGAGUUUCCCACGUGGCAAGAUCAAUAAGGAUGAGGACGAUUGGAAUGCGCCAUCCGAGAGGUCUAUGAAGAAACGGGAUACGAUCUCCAUGCUGCCGGCUUGGUUCCUCCUAAUCGGGAUGUUAAGCAUAUCGAGAUAACCAUGAGAGAGCAGCAGAUGAGGCUAUACGUGUUUCGGGAUGUCCCCAUGGAUACCCAUUUCGCGCCACGUACCAGGAAGGAGAUCAGCAAGAUCUCUUGGUACAAUCUUUCUGAACUCCCUGCGUUUCGGAAGAAAGGUAACAAUCAAAAAUGAUGCCGCGGCUUCCGCCGCCGCCGCAAACGCAAACAAGUUCUACAUGGUUGCUCCUUUCCUCGUCCCUCUGAAGAAGUGGGUAGUGCAACAGAAGAAACGAGACAAUGCGAAGAACACCCAACAGGUUUACUUUCAGCCUCAGAAUCUCUACGAGGAGCCUGUUACUGAAGAUGACGCUUGGGUACAAGAUAAGCCAACGGCAGCCGUGGUUGAGCACACUCCUGCUCUAGAUACCCUUGAAGGUGCGACCAAAGAGCUUCAAAGGUUGCUCAAGGUUCAACCGAAUACGCAAGGGCUUCAAAUGCCAUCCAUGUCCGAUAACAACCGGGACAAGGGCGCAUCUCUUCUCGCCGUUCUCCAGGCGAAUAGCCAAGUCCAUAACAGUGGUCCGCAAACUCACGUGCCACAUAACCCC